AUUUGAGAGUGUUGUCAGCUGACUGUGGGUACGUUUUUUUUGAUAUUCCCAUUUGAUAGCUCCGUAAUAAGCUCUCUUUACGGUUGUACAGUUGAGUUGGCAGUUGAAGUCUGAGAUACCAGAUGACUUCAAAUGAUGAAGACGCCAUUGCUUGGUACCAAAAGAAGAUUGGAGCUUAUGAUCAACAAAUAUGGGAAAAAUCCAUAGAACAGACUGAGAUGAAGGGCUUCAAAAGCAAACCCAGAAAGAAAGGCCACAUUCAGCCUGACUUGAUAGAUGUUGAUUUAAUAAGAGGUUCCACAUUUGCCAAAGCUAAACCUGAAAUUCCUUGGACAUCACUUACAAGGAAAGGAAUUGUGCGAGUUGUGUUGUUCCCAUUUUUUAGUCACUGGUGGAUACAAGUGACCUCGUGGCGUAUAUUUAUGUGGCUGUUAGUACUCUACCUCCUACAAGUUGUAGCAAUUAUGUUAUACUCCAUAAUGCCAGUAGUGAAUGCAAGUGAAAUCAUCGGACCAUUGUGCCUUAUGCUACUGAUGGGAACUGUACACUGCCAAAUAGUAUCUACGCAGUUAACUAAAUCCUCUGGAAGUGAUGGGAGCAGUAUUGGCCGAAGAAGGAGAAAAACACGCAAAUUUGCAGGAGGUGAUGGAAGCACUAUCUACACUUCCACUGACAAAAUCAGCAGAACAGAGGAACCAUUGGAGUCCUCAUCCAGGAUCAGCAGCUUUUUUGAUUCAGUAUUGCGCCGAAGGAGCAGGGAGGGGGUGAAAAGGGGAAAACAGGUAGCUGAUAAAGGGACUGAAACAGAGCAAAGCAGUGGUAUGAAACGCAAGAUUUCCAGAUCUGAGCAUAGUUUUCAGCGAUCCAAGGAUCCUGAAAUGCAGUUAAAUGUAGAUAGAAAACAGACUAUUUCUAGACAUUCUGGCAUUUCUGAUGAAUUGUCAAGUGAGGCGGAAACAGAUACUAUGCGCAGAAGUAUAGAAGGUAGCCCUAACUUAAUUGCUACUGACAAUCAGAGCAGAAAGUCUUUUCUUUCUGCACUUCCUUCAACAAGUCGGUCAGUAUCACAGGUCAAGGAGGUUGUGAAAUCCGUGCAAGAUUCUGACAGCGUCGUGGAAUCAGAACUUGAUGUAACAUUUCCUGAUGAGGAGUCCAAAGCCCAAUAUAGUAGCGAAUCUCAGAGUGGUAGUAUUUCUUAUAGAGAUUCGGAGAGUACUCGCCAUGACUCUGAGACAGAAGAUAUGUUGUGGGAUGAUUUGCUUCACGGACCUGAAUGCCGGUCCUCUUUCACCAGUGACAGUGAGGAAGCAAAAGGAAAAGAAAAGAAGGCAAGCAAACGAGAUCUGAAGGACGAUGUUUUUCAGCAGAACCACUUGUUCUGGCUGCAGAACACAAGUCCUGCCUCUACCAAAGUGAGUGCACUCAUCUGGGAGGGGAAUGAGUGCAAGAAAGUAGAUAUGUCUGUUCUGGAGAUCAGUGGAAUCAUCAUGGGCAGGGUCAAUGCCUGUCAGGAAGGAUCUGGUUAUCAGUGGCUGGGCAAUGUUGUUACCAUUGGUUUAACGUCCCUUCCCUUCCUCUAUCGACUCUUCCAUUCAAAGACCUUUGAGCAGUUGUGGUCCUUGACUACAAAAGAAGUUUUGCAUAUCUUUUGUGGGGGUCCUGCAUUCCCCCCUAUAAUCAUCCUUGCAACGAUCAUCUUCCUGGAGCGCCUGUGCCUCACCUGGAUGUUUUUCUUCAUGAUGUGUGUUGCUGAGAGGACUUACAAGCAGCGGUUUUUGGUCGCUAAACUUUUUAGUCACAUUACUUCUGCUCGGAAAGCAAGAAAAUAUGAAAUCCCACAUUUCAGACUCAAGAAAGUAGAAAACAUUAAGAUCUGGUUAUCACUUCGCUCCUACUUAAAGAGGCGAGGCCCUCAGCGAUCUGUUGAUGUCAUUGUAUCCUCCAUAUUCUUACUGGCUCUUUCCAUUGCUUUCAUAUGCUGUGCACAGGUUUUAAAAGGUCACAAGACAUUCUUGAAUGCUGCUUACAACUGGGAAUUCCUAAUCUGGGAAGCUUCCCUGCUCCUGUUCUUGUUGCGUUUGGCAUCUCUAGGCUCUGAAACCAACAAGAAAUAUAGUAAUAUUUCAAUUCUGCUUACUGAGCAGAUAAAUUUGUAUUUAAAGAUGGAAAAGAAACCAGACAAGAAGGAGCAGCUCACAAUAGUAAAUAACAUCCUUAAACUCUCCACAAAACUCUUGAAGGAGUUAGAUACACCAUUUAGACUAUAUGGAUUGACAAUGAAUCCAUUGAUCUAUAAUAUUACACGGGUGGUGAUCCUAUCUGCAGUCUCUGGAGUUAUAAGUGAUUUGUUGGGCUUCAAUAUCAGAUUAUGGAAAAUCAAACCUUGAGAAAGAAGAUGCUGCAGCCCAUGUUUUGGGCAGAAACAUUUUCUGCAGUGCUACAUAGGCUUGGCAUGGCCAUUGAAGGUGCUCUUCUAAUUAUGCCAAUCCUCACAUCAAUACAAAUGCUGUAUUUUUCAUACAUUUUCUUAAGAAUUUAGAAUUAAUUUAUUUUCAGUGAGCCCACAGUUUGAAGAAAUGGUUAAAUAAGUCUUAAUAAAUAACUUAAUUCUAAUGAGCUCAUCUUAAGUUGGCUAAACCAGCUGCUCCUAUGGAGUGAAGCAGUAUGAAAUUAGAUGUCCUGCAACAAGGUUUAUUGAAU